CCUCUGCGAGAGAGCACUGAUAGGGGGCUGGCUGUAAAUUGACGUGGCAUGGAAAAUCUCUGCUAGCUUGUAGCAGCUCUAACGUUGCUGCAAAAAUCAAGCUUAUUCAAACUAAGUUUAUGGCUUGAAAUCAUUAUGGAUUUGCUGUUUAUAUAUAAAAAAUGAAUGGGAAAUACCUACACUUUUUGUUUCGGGAGACAGACUUUUUCUGUAUUUGGAUUUACAGCUAAUAGAAGACAAAAUCAAAGGGAAUCACUCGGUUACCAGUUUUUGGUAGUUUUUUUGUUUUGUUUUGUUUUUAGUGAGAGCAGCAGAUCUUGUUGCUCCCCCCUCCUUCUCCUGAGAUUUAAUCACUUGCAGAUCUUACCAUGGGGUGCGGACUGAGAAAGCUGGAAGACCCAGAUGAUAGCAGCCCUGGAAAAAUUUUUUCUACAUUGAAGAGACCACAAGUUGAAACAAAGACUGAUUCUGCUUAUGAAUAUGUGUUGCUGGAUUUUACUUUAGAAGCUUCCUCUAAUCCAGAAGUUAUCAAGAUCAGUUCUGUGUUGGAUAUAGCAUCUAAGGUAGAAGAAUAUUACAACAAAGGAUAUGUUGUGGGAGCUGUUCAUCCUAUUCUGCUGCCAAUUGGACAUAGAAGAAAUUUCCCUGCAAGUCACAUGUAUCGGGUGGUACUUUCACGAUUAAAAUCAAGCCAGAAGCAUGCAGCAUUCAGAGGACAAAGGAACCCCAGGCUAGUGAUUGAGGAAUGUCCUUUAACAUAUGAAACACUAACAAAUGAGGUAGUGAAAGAACUGUUAGAAAAGGUUAAUGAAACAGCUAAAAGAGGAAAGAAGUUCGUGGGAUUUGUAACACAACAUUUUCCUCAAAUUAAAGCCUGUAACGGAGCAAGCACAGAUGGGAAUGCAGAGCUGGAAUCGACACUGGGCAGAAGAAAUAGGGAACACAGAAGAACAUGUUCCGAUGAUGACUAUAAAAACUGGAAUAAAAAGUCACUGUGUGAUAACCUAUCUGAGAGUGGGAAUGAAGAGGAAAUGCAAGCAGAUAGUGGACUGUUACAGGAUGGAGAUUUCCAGUUUGAAAAAGAAGUCAGCCCUAUUAAACCACAAAAAGGAAAUGACAAACUUUAUACAGUCUUCAAUGUUUUUGAUGAUGACUCUACCUGCUGGACCUAUCAUGAUGGCACCUUGUCCAUGAAAGUAACAAGAAAGGGACCGGUUAUCAGUACACUGGAAGCAGACUGGCUAGAACUAACCACAUUUUAUUACAAACAAGGAUUAUCUUUAAUUGAUUCUUUUGUACAUUGGGAAAUUUCUAAAGGCGAUCAUUUGCCCAGAUCUUUAGAAGGAUUAUUUAUCUAUGAAGAAGGUGGUUCUGGGGUUCCAGGUUCUAGCAGGAAAGGAAAUGAUGCAAUUGUUGUUGAACAAUGGACAGUCAUUGAGGGGUGUGAAGUGAAAACAGAUUAUGGACCUUUACUGAACACGUUGGCUGAGUUUGGAUGGCUCCUGACCUGUGUGCUCCCUACACCUAUUGUACGACAUGACAGUGAAGGAAAUCUAGCCACAAAGCAAGUUGUUUUUCUUCAGAGACCUGUUGUAUGGAAUUCUGCUGUCCAGACACCAGAGAAGAAAUCCUUGAAGCAAGUUACUGGGGAGGAAAAAGGCAGAGCUGCUAGCAGGAGUGUUGGAUUAGACACUGCUACUUCUAACCCUGUAGAAAUUGGACAACCACCUGAUGAGUUUCACCCGUCUCCUUCUAAACAAUGUUGUAUCAAAGAGGCCUCCUCCCAGUAUGGGGGUUUCUCAGGGUUUGGUAGCAGUGAUGGAGUAUUAAGGGAGCUGGAUGAUGGACAAUUUGACCAGGAAGAUGGAGUCACUCAGGUCACAUGUAUGUGAUCAAGUAAGUAACUGCAUUAGAUGGACGUGUACAUAAUUCACACAAAUGUAAAACAGUGUACUACUUUAAAUGCUUUGGUGUAAGCUUUUGACUUUUCCCAGACUCAUUUUGUAUUAUCGUCUGUUUCUUUGUUAUGCUAAUCCUACUGUAGUAAUAAUACUACUGCAAAAUAAUUUGGCUUCCUGUCUGUCUUCAGUAGAAUAACUGCCUAAAUGGGUGCUCUGCUGCUUGUUGUUAAUAUUUUUAAUAAAUAGGGAAACAGAAGCUGCAAAAAAAAAAAGAAAUGACAGUUUGUGUUCUUUAAGAGAGAAAGGAAUGUGGAUGCUGAGCAUUUUCCACAAGCUGGAGGACUGGUUAUUGCCUGUUUUUCUUAAUUACUGUUUUUUAAGACUGUUGUAAGUAUGAGUAGGGGGG